AUGGAGAGUAGGUGCUACGGCUGCGCUGUCAAGUUCACCCUCUUCAAGAAGGAGUAUGGCUGUAAGAACUGUGGCUGGGCCUUCUGUUCCGGCUGCCUUAGCUUCAGUGCAGCAGUUCCCCGAGCUGGAAACACUCAACAGAAAGUCUGCAAGCAGUGCCAUGAGGUUCUGACCAGAGGAUCUUCUCCUGCCAAUGCCUCCAAGUGGUCACCACCUCAGAACUAUAAGAAGCGUGUGGCAGCGUUGGAAGCCAAGCAGAAGCCCAGCACUCCCCAGAGCCGUGGACUGACCCAGCAAGAUCAAGUCAUUGCUGAGCGCCUAGCACGGCUCCGCCAGGAGAACAAACCCAAGUCAGUGCCCUCACAGGCGGAGAUAGAAGCCAGGCUAGCCGCACUCAGGGGUGCACCCCAGGGUCCCGUCCCUUCCGCCCAGGAGAUGGAGGCGCGGCUUGCUGUGCUACAAGGCAGAGUUCCAUCCUCUCAGGGCCCCCAGCUGGCACAUCAACCACCGGACCCCAGGACCCAGGUGCAGCAGGCGGAGGAUCUGCUGACACAGCUAACAGCGGAGGUGGCUAUUGAUGAGAGCUGGGAACGAGAAGGCCCAGCCACCUCUAUCCAGAACGACCUCAACCGGGGGGGCCCAGGGGCCCAGAGCACCAGUUCCAGGGGGCAAGCCACCUGGUCCCUGGAGGAGGAAAAGAGCAGGUUGCUGGCUGAGGCAGCGGUCGAGCUUCGGCAGGAGAACACGCGGCAGGAGCGCAUCCUGGCCCUCGCCAAGCGCCUGGCUGUGCUGCAGGGACGGGACCCUGAUAAAGUGACCCUCCAGGACUACCACCUUCCAGACAGCGAUGAUGAAGAGGAGGAAGAGACGGCCAUCCAGAGAGUCCUGCAGCAGCUCACCGAAGAAGCUGCCCUGGAUGAGGCAAGUGGUUUUAACAUCCCUGUGGAGCCAACUCCCCAACUCCAAGACCAGUCCUGCAGGGCAGAGCCUAAGGCCCAGGCCCUGGCCGCCCGGCCCGAGGAAGAGGAAGACGAGCUCCCCUGGUGCUGCAUCUGCAAUGAGGAUGCCACCCUUCGCUGUGCUGGCUGCGACGGAGACCUCUACUGCGUCCGCUGCUUCCGGGAAGGCCAUGAUGCCUUUGAGCUUACAGAGCACCAGACAUCUGCCUACCAGCCCCUGCAUAAAGGCCGAGGACACUGA